GUUUUGUAAGCUAUAACUGUCAUUUACUUAAAUUACAGUUCAUUCAGGUUGGUCUCAUAUGACCGAUGUUUAUGACAAUAUCCGUCGUGCGAGUUAUAUUUUGUCACUGAGCAGUACAAAGGCCUCGGAAUAUAAUAUUAAUUCUUUAAUUUGCAAGAGGAAAAUUAGAAUACAGCUGGCCAUAUAAAUACUAACUAUUUUCUCCGGGGCUCGCCGAUAUGCAAAAUACGGCCCAUGGUUUGGAGAUCUUAGCAGUGCACACUGCCACAGUAUUUAAAAACGCAGUGAGAUUUUAUAGAUUAACGCAGGUUAUUGCCAAUAGUACUGCUGAUCAGGUGAAAUGUUAUAUAUCUGUAUAGAUAGUAUACUAUAAUUCUUUUCUUUUGUUCACUUUUCUUGUAGUCAACUAAAUUAAAAUAAUUAUGUUUCUUUGUUGUCAACAGAGGAAGCAAUGGGGACGGUUUUAGAAGAUUCGACGUCCUACACCAUUACAACUGUUCCAGGUGCGGAGUAAAUUUUCUCUACAGAUCAGUAAAUAAAAGAAUACGAUCAUUAGAAAUUAUUCUCUAUAUAGCUUUACGAUAUAAAAACAGCAUAGCCUAGCUUCGCUAGGAGCAAUGUAUAAUUAUAGCGUUAUAUUAGUGUGUGUUAGGUUUGGGUUUGAAGUUUAGUCGAAAAGUUAACGCUCUUUUCGCUUCUUUCGGGCCAUUUCGCGUUAUUUUGGCAUCGAGUAAUUUAAGAGGUAUACCUAUAACGGAUGUUUGUUUAGUUAUCCUUCCUGUACCCACUGGAAAUAUGACAAUUAACCCCUUUCUUGGUGGCUUGAAAUUUAAGUCGAACCUCAGACCGUUAAGUACUGGCAGGCGACUAAUAGGAAAUUUCCCAUUGAGCUGAAAUAAAAAGUAAAAAGUCGUCAACUGAUUAUAAUUUUCUAUGACAUGAGCCUCAACGAAACUGAGAGCAUGAAAUCUAAUUUUUUAUUUUUUUCUCAGGUUUGUUAAUUUUAAGUCGAAAGUUUCUUUCCUGAUCAAAGCAUUGUCAGUAUUGAAUUGCGGUUGAGGAGCAUUUGUUCAUUCAACGUUUAUAAGCAUAGAACUUAGUGUAAAAAUUGCUCUAAUACUCUUAAUUGAAAAGUUCGAUUCUUGUUGAUUGAUAUUUGUAAAAUAUUAAAAAAGCUAGUUUUUUUAAAUCUUUUUAUUCUGCCGUUUUAUUUUAUAAUUUAGGUGUUUUGAAUUAAAUGUUUGUUUUGGUUAACUUGUAUUUUGAGGCAUUCUCGGUAACAGAUUGACUCAAAUUUAUUUAUACAAAUCAUGGAUCUUUGGUUAGAUACCAUAGGGGUUUCCGCCGGAUGUAAACAAGUUUUGUUUUUCACUCCUUGAAAAUUUGUCAGGAAAUAUUUGAAAGCAAUUCGAGAAAAGCUUUCAUUUUCUAUGCCAUAAAAUCAAGGGGAAAGAAUUCAGUUCGCACCUCCAUUUGCGCAUCUUUCAAUCGAGUUUAUUCUUAACGGAAUUCUUUAGAACUAAAAACCGUUAUGAGUUGUUAAAGCGAGGUAAUUUAACUCCGCAAAUAAAUUAUUUCUGCGGCUUUACCUCCUGUUAAAGCAAACACAUAUCAACGCGGGGGUACUGGCGAGCUUAUUGACAAACAAAUCAGAAAUUGAAACUUAGACAAAAACCUAGGCUAGUAACUAGGCUUCUUUACCUCGUGGCCAAUUUGGGUCACGUGUUUCGUGAUUAAACGUCGAACGGUCCGGUAGGAGGGAAACUUUUUGCAAGUGUCUUUUUCCCUGAGGGAUUUAGCUUAAUUUCAAUGGAGAUAUAGAAUUUUUACCGCAGAAACCCUUUAGUAAAUGAAAGUUCUCGGAAGUCGUGAUAAAAUUUGUUCAUACACAAUUUAUGUGAGGGAGUUACAAAGCAACACUUAAUGAAAAAAAGAUACCUAUUUACUCUUGAAAGAUCGAGUCAUUAAUAGUUCAGUUUCCUGAAUGUUUUCUUUCAUUUUAAUUAAAGUGGCAAUAGUAGAGUAAUUCAUGUGGCCCGGGUUGUUCAAACGUUGGAUAGCGCUAUCCAUCGGAUAAAUCACAAUCUACUGGAUACGAAUUAGGGAAACCAAUUGUGCUAUCCACUGGGUAGAGAUUUAUCCGGUGGAUAGCGCUAUCCGCCUUUUGAACAACUGGGGCCUGAUGUAUAAAAAAAUGUGACCGCUUUAGUACACACGAAUGUUUUAGGAGGCGAGCCUCUUGGAAUGGAAAAUGGUACAAUCCCUGAUGAAAACAUUACUGCUUCUUCCUCUGCAAGCGCUGCUCCGCCACAUCUUGGCCGUUUGAAUGGCCCGGCAUCCUGGUGCACUGGUAAGGCCGAUGGCUGUUACUUACAGGUAAGAUUAACGUCGAUCGUGAAGUCUCAUUACUCGCUUUCAAGCAAUGCAGCAUGUCCUCUUACGUCGGCCGAUCAGGGGUUAAGUGAAGUGGUCAUUUUUUUGUUCUGAUUUUAGUGGACAUUAAGGUUGCUUUGCUUUUUCUUGGCUUUGCAUAUGGUCUUUAGUGGUAAAGACCGCUUUUAGUUCUGUUUUUUCCAUAUAGUCUCACCUUGUCAAGGUCGUCUUUGCUUUCCAUCAAAAGUUAAAGCAGGAUUGUUAUUUACAACUAGUAAUAUUUGACACUAAAGCUGCCCCCGCUUGUGUAGCUCUCCGAGAUAAAGGCGGAUUUUCACACACAUCCCAUGAAUAGGUUAGUGAAAAGCAGGAAACGCAAUAUUCCAUGCACUGAUUCAACGUUAAAAUCUGUUGAAUGUUUUUGUAAAAAACAAAUCGACAACUUUGAAUGGUCUAUACAUUUGUCAACCAUAGAAAUAAAGUCAAUAUGUUCAAAACUUCGCAGAAAAACCACUUGCCUGCGACUGUUGGUUCCACUUGAGUUUUGUAAAUUUCUUUAAUCGAAUAUGGCAUGAAGUUGUGUACCUUUGACGUCGGUAAAAAGUAUUAUCCCCAUGGCUUGAAGGGCAUCACACUUUCGCUAGCACCUUUUCCGUGCUUUGCUCCAUUCUUAGAUAUCGAUUGAUGAUCUCGGGGAUGGGCAGAAAAUAUCCUGAGGCAAAUUUAAUUUUAUUCCGACUUGUUUAAUGGUGUAUCUUCUUUUUAACACUAUGUAUUUACAUGAAUUUUUUUUUUGCGCUGAUCGUGAUUUUCAUCUUGGUAGGUUGACCUUGGAAGCCUUCAUUUGCUGUGCGCGGUUGCAACUCAGGGUAAUCCAGGAGGAAACAGAGACUAUGUAAAGCGUUACAAACUUCUGUACUCUACAGAUAGUUCCAACUGGACAACGUAUGAGGAGAACGGGAACAAUGUAAGAUGGACAUAUAGGACUGCGAUCGACUGGGAAAUCCGGAUCUUCCGGAUUUCACAGUCGAAUCCAAAAAAACAAUCUUAUGCCGGUUUGGAUCUGUUUAUUCUAAUCCAUGCUAAAGAAGGAUAAGAAAAAACUUUUACCGGGUCCAGUUGCAUAUAACGUAACGUCGAGCAAAACUGCUAACGUCUAGCUUUAAAUAAAAGAGUUUGACCGCCCCAUGUAAUAGCCUCCCACGCAGGCGAUUUAAGGGGAGCUCGUACUUCGAGGGACGAAAUACGAGCUCCCCUAAAAAACGCCUGCGCCUACCCAUGAAAGGGAAUACAUGGCAGUCUUGGAUUCCGGAUUCUAUACUCUGGAUUCCAGGGGGGGGGGGGGGGGGGGAGGGGUGGUGGUUGGGGAAAUUAAUGCCUGGGGGACUUAAAAUCCCAAAGAACCCCUCCCCCCCCCCCCCAACUUUGUCUUCCGGGGUUUGGCGGGCUUGUUUCCCCAGUAAAAAGGAAAGCAUUAUAAAGUGCUUUGAAAAUUUCCCUUUUAGGUCCGAUAGGAGAGGAGUGGGGCGGAGCAGUACACCGGCCGCGCGCCGACCGCAGCUGCGCUGCCGCCCGCGGAGGCGGUGAGGGUGGGGGGGGGGGUUGGGUGGGGGGGUGGGGUGGGGGGGGGGGGGGGGGGGGGGGGGGGGGGGGGGGGGGGGGGGGGCGUGUGGGUUGGGUAACUAAUGACUGAGGGACUUAAGAUCACCAAGAACCCCUACCCCACCUCCCCUAAUCUGUCCUUCCGGGUUGUGCGUGGCUGUUUUCCCAGUUAAAAUGGAAGCAUUAUAAAGUGACUUGCAAAAUUGCGCUUUUUUCCUCGUAUUUUCUCAGCAUAUUUAGCGACUUGUAACUUUUAAAUGAAUAAGAAAUGCAAUUAUGGAUGCGUAUUUAUCUCCUGCGUUCUGUUAAAUGUCACAAAAGAGUCGCUAAAAAUGAGAAAAUAGAGGUGCAGUUUUGGAUGGCAGUUGGAUGUCGAUAUACUAUACACAUAUUUGUACUAAAACCAUUAUAAGGCCUUUCGACGGCUGAAUUCGCAGGCUAAACGAUCUCACUUUCAUGCCUUCAUCUUUCGCAGCCUUUUCCAGGUGUGGAGCGCGAAGUAAAGUGACAAAGAAAGGGUGGAAAAGUAGAGAGGGAUCGCGCCCCAUUUUUACUUCAUUCCGCUCCCCACUUUCUGAACGCCUGGAACAGGUUAUAUCUUCCCUGAUUCUAAAUUCUUUUUCAAAUUUCAAUUUUACAAUUAUACAACAGUACAAGAAAAAAUAAAACGCAUAGCACAAAGCAAAGGAAGACACUCGACAUUGCUGCUUUGAUUUUGUCCCCUACAACUAGCCUUGUGAGUUUCUGAUGACAAAUCACGUGGCUAAUAUUCAUAACAAACUGCAUCUUCAUACAAGGAAUGCUAAAUGUUUAAAGCUUAAGCCUAUUGUUUCUGUUGUCAUUUUAAAAUACAAUUGGAUAUGCAUGCAUGGAAUAACUCAACAUAAAACAUCGAUCACCACAACUAAAGUAGACAGGGAUCACUGAUUUUUGUCGUACUCCACUUUCCAGAUCAUCGCGGGAAACAAAGAUAACGCCAGCGUGCAGAGAAAAGAUCUUGAGCAAGAGCUUAUCAUUCGUUACGUGAGGUUCUGUCCUGUUGAUUGGUACUGCUGGCCGUGCAUGCGAGUGGAGCUGUACGGAGCUCCGUUGAACAUUGGAGGUAAGAGGAAACGGCACGCGUUUGAUUUUCCAGUCACCUCGGGUUAAGGUGCAGGGAUCCCAGUUGCACUUGAAAGGCGAAGGACUAGAUGAAUUUUUAAAGUAAGGAAAAUUGUUAUAAGAACCCCUAGUGGUAUCGAGCCGGUAAAGGUCCAUUCUCGAUCGACUCGUUUAAUUUUCGAUGAUCAGAAUAUUAUGAUCAAACGUUUGAGCUACGAGCAGACAUCUUGCCAGAAAGCAGUUUGAAAACUAACGUGGACAUCUGAGUCCCGUUUUAACGCAUGAAAUUUUUGUGCAGUGUAGUUGCACUGUUUUUGUAAUGAAAUCAUUGCUCAAGCGGUUGAGCUGUUUAUUUCUUAGACUUGAAGGCCUCAUUUCUCAGUGUUUUACUUCGGAUACCUCUCAGCUGGGGCUUUGCGUCGGACAAAACGAUCGAUCUUUAUAAGUGACUGGGUAAUUUAAGCGAUGCAUGCUACAUCGAGCUCACUAAGAAAGAAAAAAGUCGCUUGGACCGUGAUGAUUCGGACUGUUCUUCAACCCCUGUCAUGUCCGUCAACAACACGAGUCGCUCGCCAGCAGUUGUUAUACUUCUGUCUUUUCCUGCAAAUGAUAUUUAUACAUAUCACUUCGUAUACAGCAGGUAUAGCACGACCAUUUUCCUCAAAUUUAGUGUCUAAAAUGAUAUUAACAUUUGCAUUAGUUGUUAUUCAAAUCACGUGUAUAUCGGCCAGGGUUUCUGGGGAUUAAGAAGUACUUGUGUACUCUCUUGAUGGUAUUCAUCACUAACUGUCAGAAAUAUACAAAUUUAACUUCACAGCUAAUUUACUUCUUCUAUUAUCUGUAACGGUGACAAAAAAAGGGAAAGAGUUAUCGUGGCUGUUUGAAUUUGCUUACCCACUCUAAUCCGUGAGUAAAUCUCAAGAGACGUACAUUGGAGGUAGUUUAAUUUGUUUUAAUAGUAGUUGGUGACUGAAAUUUCGACAAUUAUUUCUUCGUGCUGGGAGUAUCUUCUUGAAAUAUUUUUCGUUAAGUAACUGUAACAUUACCAGCGCAUAGUCCAUUGUGGAGACAUGAGCUUUUUUUUCACACAAACAAAAUUCUCAAUGCAAUCAUUUGUGUUGUCACAAGCAAUAAAUGGUAAUCAAAAUUGUUUCUCCAUUGUUCUAGUGAAGGGGUUCAUUUGCAUAAAUAGAAGACGUUUGACUCGGUUAUUGGUUUAUUCACCUGAAUGAUGAAUAUUACUUUUAUUUAUUUCUCUUCAGAAAGAUAAAUGAAACAUUUUAUUGAUAUAGCAUUUUACACCUUUGUUAAAAGGAUCGAUCAAUUAUAUUAUUGUUGAAUGUAUUAUUUUCGUGAACUGGUCAAUUUUAGUUGCGUUCGAAGCUGGAAUUUUGAGACACAAACUAACGCGUCUAGAGUACAACUAAUUGACCUUUUAGUAAAUUUCGGGGCUUUGUUAAAAUAAAUGACCUGUACAAGGCCAACCUCAUCGCAUCAUCUCUCAGUACCGCAACAGACAAAAACUAGAUGGUACCGGAAAAAGAAAAUCUGUGAACUCUUUUCGCUCGCAGCAUUUCUUAGUGUUUGUACGCUGUACACUGAUCUGCUAAGUUAUUUGAAAAAGGGAAGACGAAAAUGAACUUGUCCACUGAAUCUAUAUAUAUUUCCUUAAGAGCUGCAUACAACACCUUGCAAUAUAACAGAAUAUCGUUCACAAAUGUCGUUUUAUUGUAGUCCAGGUAACAGUAGAGAUUAUUCUGCCGAAAUACAUUUCAGAAGGUUAUAGCAAACGACAAGAUGCUGUCAUGCAAUUUAGAGCUACGCCCAGGUUUAAUUUCCAAUUGUUGCUCGUUGUACCUGUGGUAUGGCACUGCUUUGGGCGCUUAAGAUGCUUUAAUCUAAAUAUCUGCCUUGACUGCUUAUCCAAUACUUUAAGGGGCGACCUAAAAGUGAUGAGAACUAUUCGUAGUUGGUUUAACCGAUGUUUUGCUACCACUUCAGGGAUUAAGUUAAAUUAGAGUCAUCUUUUAUAGUCAUCCACAUGAAGCAAGUUUUUGGUGCUUUUUAGGUGGGUAGAAUUUUCUGGCGAGCAACCCAUCUUUAUAGGAAAUACCCCCAUGGUAGGCUCGAUUACCAGCCGCUGUUCGGGAAAAUGAGCCCACACUCUUUCUCCUUUCGGGGAGGAUCAAAGACCGGACCCGGGAGACGGCGGAAAUCGAGCCUACCCCCACGGGAGAUCGCCCCCCAUUCCCUUCCUCACUUCCUUCUUUGUUUUAUAGAAAAGAUAGGUCAUCUUGGAUCAGACGAAGGAGGGGGAUUUGUUAUAGGUAAGUAAAGUAGCCAACAAAAAAUGUUAGGGAGCUUGUCAUAAGCAACCUCGACGGUGACCGCUACGAAAACAUCACUUUAAAAGUGAAUUUGCGCUGGCACAAACUUAAUCGCACUUAUUCCAUCUCGUUUAAUUCGUCGAAUGUUGGCAAAUUUUAUUGGAAGUGAAUUCUAAAGGACUGUAUCAAAGUCCAGGGAAGGGAAAAGAAAGUUGUUGUCUUGUUGUCCCGUCCUCGACAAACCAUGACAUUAGGCACUUUCACGUUGUAGGUCGUGCAACGACGGCAGAGAAAUGUACAAAAAAGCGUGGUGCACGUGUGGUUUUGCCAAUCCAAACCAAUUGCUUUUUUGCCGUUCUCGUUGCCGUCUCCGUCGUCGUUGCUUAAGCUCUCUAACAAUAAGUGUUAGGGAGGCGUUUUUGAUGUUAACGAAUUUCCUCAUCACCACUCUAUUUUCCAGCAUUAACGAAUGUUUGCCCUCACUCUAAAAGAAAUCUGUUUCUCUCAAAGAUAAAGUCAUGGUGACGACAUAUGAAACACAAGUUGAUGAAAAUGGCGAACCCGGUCUGAAUGAAGAGGCAAACGCUUCAAAAAAGACAACUGAAGGCGAAGGUAAUUGCUAAUAAUAUUAAUCUUCGGAGAAUAUUUUUUUAUCUAUUUUUGUAUUUCAAGUUCCAUUCCGAACAGUUGUUCUAGCAGUAUGCAGGAACCUAGUAGUUUUUAAAAUGACCUUAACUCGCACAAGUCUCUCAAUAGGCUCGACUCACCUGUAAGGUGAACUCCAAAUUUUUCCGAGUCGCCUGUGACACUGACUGCCGGAUGAAACACUUAAAGGAAAUUGUGUACUUUUCAGCCACAGUUUGCCAAUUUUGUAACAUUAAGCCUGGGUUUACUAAGCCGCGGUACUUGAAAUCAAAAGCAGUUUAUGGUAAGCGGAUUCCAAUACUACCAUUACCCAACUCUGCCACUGCCAGAAAUAUUCAUUCAGCUGGAAUGGUCACGUGAUCCGAACCGCCUUGGGCUGUUGCCUUUUGCAGCCUCCUCUACUCUUCUCCGCAGAGGUCUCUUUCUGCAACUAGGAAGUUGGGGAGAGGGAAGCCCAAAGCGCGGGGUGGGGUUGGGGUAGGUACUCACUAUUUUUCAUUAUUGUCAUAUUUUUGGAAUACUAGAUGGAAACUUGGAAAACAAACAAAGUAUGCGUACGGGCUGUUGAAGGAUUGGGAAAUCUGCACUAAUUUGUCUUUUUUUUUUAACUGCAUCCAAGGUCAUGAUUAUAUGGUUCACAUAUAUACCGGCAAUAAGUGGGGAGCUGGGACCGAUGCAAAUGUGAUGAUUACCAUAUUUGGAAAAGAAGGUGACUCUGGGGAGAGGAAGUUGGACAAUGAGAAGAACAACUUUGAAACUGGACAGUAAGGCAUCAUAUUUUCAUUUUGAUCGAGUUCCCUAUCACAGUAUCGCAUCAUCGCAUCGAUUUGAAAACUCUCUUGAAAGGGGAUCAAAACGAAAACGCAUACACCGACGCCGACGUGUGUUUGUAACAUGCGCAUAGAGUUCAUCUUACGUCGCUACGCCCAAUUCUAUCGUUUUCGAACGUUUAAGUCUGGACAGUCGAAAACGCAUCAAAACGGUAGUGUGGACGCGAAUCGAUCGAUGCGUUUUCUAUGACAACGAGAACCCUUUCUUUUUGGAACGGCAUUAGAAUGGACAGGGCCUGCCCUUCUUUUAAAGGCUUUUCAAUUAAGGAAGCUGGGAUAAACCAUCAUUCUUCAUAUUUUUACAUUUGUCUCACUGUGUUUUUUAGGAAAGAUUCCUUCCCAGUUAACUGCACAGGGUCCCUUGGGCGACUAACCAAGAUCAGAAUUGGACAUGACAACACUGGUUUUGGUGCAGCAUGGUUUUUAGACAAGGUAAUUGGUGUGAAUUUCACUUAUAUCGAAGUAACUCCUCGGAAUUAACGUCAUCUGUGCUGCCUCAGAAUUUCAAACCUCUGUUUCUGAAAACGUCCGAAAUUCAACAACAAUAACUGUGUAUGAACUAUUUUACCUAGUCAGUCUAAGUGCUUAUCGUUUCUAAAUAGUUAUGGUAUCCGGGGUACUUAUAAUAACUAGUUUUAUAUCACAUUGUGCCUUGGACAGUUCAGAUUACUUUGCUCGUCUCUGUUUAAGACGUGGUAUUAAGAUUAAACCAUUUCACUUUUUUAUACUACCUUUUUACAAUCAGUUUGUAACGUCCUGUUUUUUUUUUUUUAGGUGAUUGUCGAAGAUCUCAAGUCAGGAGAGACAGUUGAAUUUCCAUGCCAACGAUGGUUUUCUACAAAUGAUGAUGAUGGGCAGAUAACACGUGAAUUAACUAGAGCAGAUGGAAACGAUGCCGAGAUGACGGGUACUAGAAUAUGAGAAAGAGAGUAUUAUCAUUAAUUUGAUCUUAUAGGGAAAUUUGCUAUUUGCUGCGAAAAGUAACUUUGCGAUUUCUUCGUUUUAUAUUCGUGGGGGAAUUCGGACGCACGAGAGCGAGAGGGUCCCCUCCUCGCGUGCCUCUCUCGCGCCCGAAUUCCUCCUUACCUUUCCCUUUUUAGAGGCCCGUCACGCAGGCUAUUUUUAUUCCUUCACUUUGUAAUUGUUCAAGAUCUAGGAUGACAAGGCGCGCUAAGUGGGCACAAUUAACGUUUGGAGACCAGUCCCACAGGCGUUCUCUCUUCUCUACUUCACUUUAAUUUUUUUUUAAAAUUCCCUGUCCACUAUGAUUUUUGUGCCGUUCCCACUGGAACAGCCUGGAACUUGAUUAUGGCUCACCUACACGCAGUUGUUCACGCAGUUGUUUUGCCACCCUUAUUGCGCUGGCUACAUGCAUCUCUGUGAGUUCUAAGAGUUCAUUGGACUGAAACAGCCACAGUGACUUACUAGGGUUUAAGACGGUUAUUCGAAAUACUUACUGACCAGUAAGUCAUACAUUUGGAUCCUCAUGAUAUAUCGUUAAACCGGACUUUUUUAGAUCACGAUUACCUCGUUCACAUCUACACUGGUGACAAGUGGGGAGCUGGGACCGAUGCUAACGUCAUGAUUACCAUAUUUGGAGAAGAUGGUGACUCUGGCGAGAGGAGGUUGGACAACAACAAGAACAACUUUGAAACUGGACAGUAAGGAAUCAUUGUCUGUGUUCUUUAACAAGGUUUCUUCUGUGAGAAUAUGAGUUACUUGUAAAAAUAUUGUAAAUAAAAGUGCCCUUUUUCAUCAUUAUAGUAAUUAGUCAGGAAAUGAAACUUACGGCAUUGAAUCAGUUUGCUGAUUUCCUUGCAACACUAAAAAUGUUAAACACCCAAGACUUCUUUUGUAAAGUUAAUUAAUUAUUUUCAUUGAUACACUCAUUUACAUUAUAAUAUUUCUUUUUAGGAAAGAUUCCUUUACACUGACUUGUGCAACGUCCCUUGGGCGACUGACCAAGGUCAGAAUUGGACAUGACAACACCGGUUUUGGUGCAGCGUGGUUUUUAGACAAGGUUAGUCCCGUGGUUUUUAUUUGUAUAGGUAAUAGCAUGAGUUGUAGUGAUAUUUGGUAUAAAUACCACAAGUGAUAUUUUCCAAAAUUGUUAUACGUAAUUUCACGAGCCGUUAGGCGCGUGAAAUUUGAGACAAUUUUGAAAUAUCACGAGUGGUAUUUAUGCCAAAUAUCACAUACAAAUAAUGCUAUUAUUUGUUUAUACUACUACCCGCAAAAGGUUUGUAAUUUUCACAAGUAGGUGUUUCAAAUUAAGCUGAAAUACCACUGCUCUAAUCCAAUCAAAUUGCAGUAAUUUCUCAUGUAGUAGUAUAAAAAGUGUAAAAUCAUUAUUAGAGACCUUUGGUGAGAAACGUAAGUGACGUCUUUUUCGAAUUUGUGGCAUGUUGAGUAAGAAGUAAACCGUAUCUUAUCAUAGACUACACGAAAACUCUUAGGGUUGUCGCUCUGGUGAACGUGUUAUCUGUUCCUUCUCUGCUCGCUCGCGUCCUACAAUCUCCUGUCCAUCACAGAUGGAAAGCAAGGGUGGUGCAGUCGCGGUGGUGAGAGCACUCUCCUCCCACCUAUGUGGCCCAGGUUCGAUCCUGGCGUUGACGCCUAUGUGGGUUGAGUUUGUUGUUGGUUCUCUCCUUUGCUGCAAGAGGUUUUCCUGCGGGUACUCCGAUCCCCCCCCCCCCCCCCCCCCCCCCCCCCCCCCCCCCCCCCCCCCCCACCCCCCCCCCCCCCCUCCCCCCCCCACCCCCCCACCCACCUCCCCCCCACAACCCCUCCUCCCUCUAUCCGCCAUACACAACAAAUCACUGCUAAGUACUCGCAUCGACAGACAAGUGGUCGUUGACGAGACGUCGGGGGGGUGAGAGCACUCUUCUACACCCUACGUGGCCCAGGUUUGAACCUGGCGGUGACGCCUAAGUGGGGUGAGGUUUUUGUUGGUUCUCCCCUUUGCUCCAAGGGGUUUUCCCGCGGGUACUCCGAUCCCCCCCCCCCCCGCCCCCCACUCCCUUCAAAAACCGAAACUUCUUAAUUCCAGCUCGAUUUGAAACUCACGGCCACGUUUAAACGUAUGCUUAAGAACUCUUUAGUGCUUCAUGGGUAAACGAAUUACAAUGAUUCAUGUGUAAUACAGCGAUUCUUUAACAUCGACACAGAAUUCUGACAAGAAAACUAAUUCCUCGCUUUUCUCUAUCCUAGAUAUGUAAAAAACGGAGUAGAACUUUUUAAAUGGUCUCGCAAUGAUUCCGCUACUUGUUGCUAUUUCAAAUAAAGAUAUAUACAGCUCUAACGCUCUUUUUUCUCAUGUGUUUGAAAAGGUCUUUUUUGAAUCAGGAUCAUCAAAAACUCCUCCAGUCUUUACAAUAUUAAGUUGUAUCGCAUGUAUCUAAAGUCGCAAAUUUUUUAACAGUUUACGAACUGUUAAUCCAAGUGAAAAUUUCAGAUAAGGAAACUGCGUCGUGAAACUCUUUGUCCUGGUAUUUUUCAUGUUAAAUAUUUUUCCAGUUAAUGAAGGAAACUUUUUUUGCAGGUUGCUGUUGAAGAUCCCAAGACAGGAGAAACCGUUGAAUUCCCAUGCCAGCGGUGGUUUUCCAUAAGAGAUGAUGAUGGACAGAUUACUCGUGAAUUGAUCAGAGCAGAUGUGCUAGUCGUAGAUGAUGGGAAGACAUCUCCUGUUACAGGUAAAAAUACGAAAGCAAAAAUGAAGCGAUUCACCUUAUCCUAAGGUACCUCUACCGUUCGAACAUGUACAUACAUACGUCUUGUAUAAGGGAACAGCACUGUGACGUUUUUCCAUUCAUUAUUAGGUCAUGAUUACAUCGCUCACAUAUAUACUGGUGAUAAGUGGGGAGCUGGGACCGAUGCUAAUGUCAUGAUUACCAUAUUUGGAGAAGAAGGUGACUCAGGCCAGAGGAGAUUGGACAAUGACAGCAACAACUUUGAAAAUGGACAGUAAGAAAUCACAUUUUUUAUUAUGAUUAACUGGUACAGCAGUUUGAUAAUUUGACAUUAUUGAUCAAUAAGCCAUCCUAUUUCUUUCUCUUCCUUGUUAUAAAUUGUAUAAAACACCUAGCAUUGUUACAAAGGUCAAUCUCUUUGAACAUAUUAAAAAAAUAAAAACAACUUAAAUGGAUUAAGUCUGUUUAUUUAUUUUCUCUUUCAGAAAAGAUUCUUUCACAGUGUCAUGUGCAACGUCUCUUGGGCGACUAACCAAGAUCAAAAUUGGACAUGACAACACCGGUUUCGGCGCAGCAUGGUUUUUAGACAAGGUAGAAUUUUAACACACCUUUCGUAGAUAGAGGAACAUUAUCUGUAGUAGUUUGUGCAAACUGCAAGUGCGAGAUGCCAAGACACUUAAGUAUAACGAAUGCUUGUCCAUGUUUUUCUUAGAUGGACAAUGCGUCUUCUAGCUUCUUAUGUAUAAGAUUAUCCAAGCGAGGAAGGACUUUUCAUAAGUGCUUGUGUACCUUUCGUGUAGGUUGUUAUCGAAGAUUCUAAGACAGGAGAAACAGCUGAAUUUCCAUGCCAGAGAUGGUUUGCCACAAGUGAAGAUGAUGGAAAGAUAAUUCGUGAUUUGAUUAGGCCAGGAGAAGAAGUCAAAGACGACGAAAGAACUGCUGUUCCAGGUAAAUGCAAUGCAGUGCAAUGAAUCAAAUUGUUAAAUGAAAUGUAAUAUGGAAGUGUGAGAGAACAGAAUGAAUUUCGAUGUAAGCCAAAAACUCAUUUGCCAUUUUAUGCCUAUUUAAGCCAAUACAACUGCAACGAGAAACAUUUGCUCUUGAAAAAUUAUCGGAUACUGUACUCUCUUCGCUCGUUGAAGGUAACUCGCCAUAACAAGGUAUGUUAGACUCCUUCUGUUCGAAAUCGCGUGUAGUGCCAAUCGCAACACGUUAAGCUUAUUUUCUCGAACGUUGUUUUUCACAUAUGCCGAUCAUAUUGCUAAAAUAAGGAAAAUCUAUGGUCCUGACCCACUUGCAUUGAAUUCGGCAUAAUAUGAAAUGCAAGGUUUGAACAGGGCCUAACGCUGAUUACAUUUUGAGUGUCUGAAAAUUCUAGUAUGUUCUACCUAAGAAGCUUUUGUUUUCGGUAGUCUGAUAUUAACAAAAUUAUCUUCGUUUAUAGGCCAGCAAACUGUAGUUUUGAAAAUACGAGACGUGGGACAAGUUGAACCACAGCCAGACCAGGAUGGAUCCUCUGGCAAAGAGCAGGAGAAUGUCCCAACCGAUAUAACUUAUGAGAAAGGUAGAUUUGGCGAAAGUAUGCUGUGCCAGGCUCUUAGAUAAUAGGGAAAUCGCGAAAAUAAAAUAGACCUCACCAAGCGAAAAUAAAACAGACCAAGCGAAAAUAACACGCGCAAGAUCUUGGGAAGGGGGCGGCGGCGUGUAAACAAGAAAAAUACGCGUCUCGCUCCCCAUCUCCCGCGCGUUUUUUCGCAUCACUUUCCACGACUUCUGUUCACUUCUAUCUUAGAGCCUGGAGCUGGCUAUGGCAAAAGGAAAACACAGUCCAUUGUAUUAGCCACCCUUAAGGAGAGCCAAGAGCGAGAGUUUGAAAGAAUGAUAGUUGAACGGUACUUUUUUCUUGAAACUAGUAGGAACAAUGGAUACAGUAGGCGUUGAACGCGUUGAACUAGCACGGUCGCAAUUCAAACAUCAUACUUCUUUUUCCCAUCUAUUUACUUAACGUUUUUGCAUUUCUUUGUUUAUUAGUCUUGGGUUUUGGUAUACAAGCGUAAGGUGAUGAGUUUCAGUCAGUCCACCUUGAUGUCGAUGAGGCAAAGCAUCUCGUUAUGCCUUCAGCUUAAGUUAUCUUGGAAUCUAAUAACAAACUGUUUAGUGAUUUUAGAGUAAACUACAGAAAAAAAGUCAACGGACUGCAAAACUCUCGAAACGUUCUAGUCUAUCUCUCGUCGACAGGCGUAGAAAGCUAGCUAACUUAAUCAGCAAAUCUCGAUAUAAUUUCGGUCUUGUUUUGUCAUGGCUCUUCAUGAAAUACCCUUGUUGUGUUCACACCUUGUUUACCUUGUAUUUCGCCUUGUCAGACGCCAGUUAGCCGUGUUCGAGUACCGUGCCCUGGCACCCAGUGUGAACGCUGCUCAAGCUGGCUGUCCACAUUUGGUGCCCAAGCACAAGUGCCUGGGAACUAUCUGGAGCGGGUGUACUUGAAAUAAGGGUGUGUUCACGUUAGUGCUCAGUGAAUACCGUUCUCUGGCACCGUAUUCAGGCACAAAGUGUGAACCCUAAAUAAUGCUACUCUCGCGUAUUCCAAUUUGCAGUAUAGUACUAAAAGCCUUUAUUCAACCUUUAUUCAAAAAUUUGUAGUCCUGCAACGGGAUUGCCAUCACGCAAGACGCCUAACUAAAUAAAGCUCCUUGCUUUACUCCUCCCAAACAUCCAUUGUUAUGGAAGGGUUUGCAUUUUUGCUUGUUCAUGCCACUGAUGUUGGUCAUCCACAUAUACAAUAAAAAUUUGCCUUUGUUUCAUAGAGGAAGUUGUGGUGAAAACAGACGAGAUACAGAUUAAACCAGCACCAAAACAAGAAGAACCGACAGUGACGGAACAGGAAAAUUUGCCGCAAGAAAUAGUCAUCGAUAAAGGUGAUUUUUAGCUGCAUAAAGUAACUCGCUAUUUAAGCUUCCUGCUUUAUUCCACCCAAACAUCGAUUAUUAGAAGAUUUUUAUUUUUGCUUGUUGCCGCUGCCUUUGGUCAUCCACUUGUGCAAUAAAAAAUUGCCUUCUUUCUUACAGAGGAAGUGUUGGUGAAAACAGACGAGAUAAAGAUUGAAUCACCGCCAGAACAAGAAGAACCGAAGGUAAAGGAAGAAGAAAAUUUGCCGCCAGUAAUCAUCAUCAAUAAAGGUAAAUUUUCGCUGCAGAAAGUUAUCACGAAAGCUCCCUGCUUUAUUCCACCCAAACAUCCAUUGUUCAGGAAGGGUUGUAAUUUUUGCUUGUUGCCACUGAUUUUGGUCAUCCACACAUGCAUGAAAAAUUUGCCUUUAUUUUUACUGUAACAGAGGAAGUUGUGGUGAAAACAGACGAGAUACAGAUUGAAGCACCACCAGAAAAAGAGGAACCGACGGCGGUAAAGGAAGAGGAAAAUUUGCCACAAGAAAUUAUCAUCGAUAAAGGUAAUUUUUAGCUACAAAAAGUAUCAUCAGUGUGAUAAAGAAAUCUGAACAAGCCAACACAAGCGACAGCUCUUGUCGCGUGAAACCCUGUAUAGGUAACCGAUUUGUCAUUUUAACAGAUGUAUUUACCCUUGUUAAAAUACCACAAGUUUUUAUGUUUGAGAAAACAAAAAGAAUAUUUUCGAAAAGCAAGAGAAAAUAGCAAGGGCCUGGGGAUGCUUAUGGUUUCUCCAUCCUUUGAUUAUUUCAAAUCGUUAGAAUCUGAUUGCCAUAACAUAACUUUUAACCUUGAAUGUAAAAAGGAGAAAAAUGUGUAAAGGUCGAGGGUACAGAUUACCACUAGUAUUAAGAUUUCUCAGACGCAAAAGGUAUUUGAAUGAGAACAUCUUGCCAGAAAAAUGGAAAAGAAAAUCUCUCACUCUUCCAAUAUGGGAUGGUGAUUCUAACGUGGUCGAAAGAGAAAAUACAGUCUUACUGUAUAUAAGACGUAAAGGCAAAUGCACGUUCUAGUAAUGUCUAAAAGCGAACAACACCUCUAAUUCAUUUGUUAAAUGCAUUCACUUUAGGUCACGAUUACUUGGUUCACAUAUACACUGGUGACAAGUGGGGAGCUGGGACCGAUGCUAACGUCAUGAUUACCAUAUUUGGAGAAGAUGGUGACUCUGGCGAGAGAAAGUUGGACAACAACAAGAACAACUUUGAAACUGGACAGUAAGGGAUUACUUUUUAAUCUUAAUUUAUGCUUUAGACAACAAAAUUUGUGUUUUCUUUACACACUUCUCGGAACAAAUGUAUGCAAAGAGGAAUGCCAAUUGUAAAUAGUUACUCGAUCGAAACCACUCGCCCCGAAUAGAACUUUCGUUCCUUUUUGGAAUUACUUUAAAUUUUGGUUAGCACCUUAACUAAACAUCAGUUAUCUGCGUAAAUCCGUGUUCUCUCUAAGAAGGUAGCAAAUGCCGUGGAAUGGAACAGUAUUGGUUCAAGCCUCGUCAAUGCAGUGCAGUGGCUAAAAAGCUGAUAAAGUGCUUUGUUAAAUGUCAAUUUUGUUAGCCUUUUUGACAUUGAGCGUGCGCAACAUUCAACAGCAUUCCGACCAAAAUUCCGACCAACCUCGUAGGGUGGGUAGGAGAGAACCCUGGGAACGAGGUUGCAUUUCGACCAUUUGGACCAACUGACCAAUAGAAAGGUCCUCUUAACUUACUUAGUCAUAAUUUGUAAACGAAAAGCAAAGAUUGUGCCAGAUCAGGGAGGUUUCCGAACAUAAAGUGCAGCGCUGUCGUUUUCAUCUUUGCUCUUUGCAGGUUUUCAUAACCAGUCUGCUCUACUAACUAUGGGGUAGAACUAACAUGUGCUUAUUUCCAUUUCAAGUACUCCGAACUUAGCGGACAGGUAGUCCACCAGGACGUUCUUGUAAGAGGUUAAUGCUCAUGCGCUUCUUGUAUUACCCCUUGCAGAGUAAUGCGGAGUAAUGUUUCAUAUAAGUCU